AUGGCAUCGAACUCGAACUCCAUCUCUCUGAAUGUGGGAGACGCGAUUGAAUACACGGAAAGCACGACCGUAACGUUGGAAUGGACUCUUCGUGGAUUGAAGCAGCUCUUCGAUUCGAGUAAGGGCGAAAUGAAGAGUAAAGUAACGAAGAGUGUCAAGUUUGGAGGAGGGCGUUGGCAGGUUCUGUUCUACGCGAACAGUGGGCAUGAGGGAGGGAAUUAUGUUUCACUUUACUUAUCCUGUGAACCUGCGGAAGACGAAAAAGAACGCUCUGUAAACGGAAAGCAAGUUGAUCCGUGGAUUCGGGAAGGACUCUUCAAGUUCAGCUUUGAAAUUCGAAAUGUAAAUCGCGGGGCUCUUACAUCUCCUAAAGAAGCCUGUGAUCACUCCUUUUCAUACAAGACAGCCAAUUGGGGCUGGGCGCAAUUUGCUAAGCGAGACGCAGUCUUCUACACUCCUAAUACCGUUCGACAUGUUGAUGCGUUCCUUGUCAUAUGCAACAUCACAUCUGCAUCUGCUGCCCCAAGUGCUGUGUCCCCUACCCCCGUCAGGACAGUGCCGCGAGGACUCCUGGACGCCGUUGGGGAUAUGUUAGAUGAUCCUACGUAUUCUGAUGUGUGUUUCGUUUUGCCGGCGAAAAAGCGGAGAGGUGUUAGGGGGAAGGUGGGAAAGCCCAAGACUAUCUACGCGGCCAGAAAGAUACUCCAAAGAGUUGACUAUUUUCAUACUAUGUUUUCUUCCGGCUUUGCUGAAGGUAUAACUGAUGGUCACAAUGCCGGAAAAAUAUCCAACGGGGCGUAUAGACGUUCUUAUCGAGGGGCAGACUCCAUAUCACUUUCUGUGGCCUCUGGAGACUACGGCUAUGAUCAUGAAGAUAACCAAGAAGAUGACUAUGACGGCUACACUGACUAUUGGUCACAAGAUCCAUUCGAGGAUUCGGAUGAGGACUCUUCGGACGAGGAAUUCGAUGCAUCAGGAGACCACGAUCCACCAUCAAACCACCAGGAAGCUGUGAUAGCUGACGUAGAUGAGGAAUCGCCCGGCCCUCAAACGCCUGCUGGGGAUCUGUCGGCCUCGCAACGAAGCGGAAGAUAUGCGGACGAUUUAAAAAGAAGCUCUGGGUUUGCUCCCCGAAAUAGAUCAGGUGGUCAUUCCCCUCAUCCAAGACCAAUUGUGGAUGAAGCAAUCAUUCCAGGCCCGAAGAAGACAAAGGUCAUCGUCAAGGAAUGUGAAUAUGCGACUUAUUAUGCUGUUCUUUACUAUUUGUACACCGACUCCAUAGUCUUCUCCCCUCUCACAUCUGACUUCACCUCAAAGUCCACGAGUGCGUCCCCAACAGGGUUACAGAACCUCCCAGACACUGUGCGAUCCUCAUCCUCCGGAUCUCCGCAAGGCGUUGGGGUUGGUGGCGAGGGUUUUGAGAGUCCCCAUCGUUCUAGGAAAGAAUGGAUCCGGAGUUGGGCUGCCACAAAUCCGGGAAGACCGCGCCCCUGCUCGGCGAAGGCUUGUUAUAGAUUGGCGGACAAGCUUGGCUUGACGGAGUUGAAGGCUCGUGCAUUCCAGCACAUCGUCAAGAGCCUCUCUGUCAACAACAUAUCCUUCGAAAUCUUCUCCUCAUUUUCAGCUGCAUUCGAGGACGUACGCAAGGUACAAGUGGACUUUUUCCUCGCUAACUGGUCCGAGAUCAAAUCCAGCGAGGCGAUGAGGGACGUAUUCCGGCAAGUUCGUCUAGGUAGACACCCUGGCUUCGGUAUGUUUUGGCCACUCAUAAUAAUGAACUUGGAGUUUGUACCUCGACCUUUACCAGAAGUCGGUGUGGACGGUCCGAAAGAUGUGUUACCUGCGUAG